CUCGUUAGAUCUCAUCUAGAGAAAGAGAAUGAUGAUGGGUGGUUAUAAUCAUCAGCCUGGAGGUGAUGGUGAUUCCUGCAAGUCGAUGGUAGUAAAAGGAUUUUUGGAUUGUGUAAAGCAUGAGCCAAAUGUUAAUAAGGAUAUGGAGAGGAAUUUUACGCAACUCCUGACUGAGGAAUUGAGGCUGCUAGAAAUUGAAGCUCUAGAAAAUGAGCAGCGGUCCGAUAUGGCAUUGCAGGAGGCAAAGAAAAAAGCAUCGCAAUAUCAAAAGGAGGCAGAUAAGUGUAAUUCAGGAAUGGGAACUUGUGAAGAAGCAAGAGAGAAAGCAGAAGCUGAUUUAGCAGCGCAGAAGAGAAUGACUGAGAUGUGGGAGCUACGAGCUCGACAGAGAGGAUGGCAAGAAGGUCAAGCCAGUAGGAAAUUACAUGGGAUCAAGAUGCAUAAACAUCAUGUGAGCACUAGGAAGAGAGGGGCUGGAUUGCUUCUCUAUGCUUGGAGGAAGUCACUUGGGCAAAAUCUAAAGGUUAAAAGACAAGAAUCCUGAAACUGAUUACCAAAUCUUAGUGAGUGCAAUCAAUUGUCGAAGUUCAGAUCUCCCCUGGCAGUGAAAGGUAAUGGUCGAUGAUAUCUUAUCUUUAUUGAGUUUGUUCACUAGUUGGCUAGGAAAUAAGUGUCUAUGUUAUUUCCUGAUUAUCAUUGUUGACAACACUCCAUAUCCACGAUGUUCAGAUGCAUUGUCAAUUUGUCAUCCAUAUUGUCAGCUUGGUUGUCAGAAAAAUAUUUCAGAUUGUUCCAUCGUUUUAAGUCCAGCAGAAAAUGUAUAAGGAUCCUUACUCCAGGCGAAAUUUGUAGAAUAGGUGAACAUUUUGAUUGCCAUCUGCUCAAUGAAUGUUGUGAACACUGAACAAACACAAGGAAAUAAAUUGAAUGAGAACUUUUAUCUA